AUGGCCAGCCUGCAGGCUCCACUCCUGGUGGCUCUCCUCCUUUCCGUGGCACUUCAGGCAACGGAUGCAGGUCCCUAUGGUACUAACGUGGAGGACAGCAUCUGUUGCCAGGACUACAUCCGUCACCCCCUGCCAUCACGUGUGGUGAAGGACUUCUACCCGGCCUCUAACUCUUGCCGCAAGCCCGGUGUCAUCUUGAUAACCAUCAAGAACCGGGAGAUCUGUGCCAACCCCAGGCUGCCCUGGGUAAGGAGAAUAAUCCAGAAGCUGGGCUAG